AGGUGAAGCUUCUCGGUUCUCACCACCAUAACAGAAGCAGGUGUCCAACAUGGCGAACGCAGGCUGCCGCUCUCUCUCGACUAUUCUCUUUUUAUCCAUUUUCCCGGGGGCUCUUCUCCAAGGAGCUGAACAGAUCCCAGUGGUGAGCCAGAACCUGGUGACGGACAACGUGUCGGUGGUGGAGGGCGAGAUGGCCAUCAUCAGUUGUCGGGUGAAGGACAACGACGACUCGGUCAUCCAGCUGCUCAACCCCAACAGACAGACCAUUUACUUCAGAGACAUGAGGCCACUGAAAGACGCUCGCUUCCAACUGGUCAACUUCUCCGACAACGAGCUGCGGGUGUCCCUGUCCAACGUGUCGCUGUCGGACGAGGGCCGCUACGUUUGCCAGCUGUACACCGACCCGCCGCAGGAGGCCUACGCCGACAUCACCGUGCUGGUGCCUCCAGGUAGCCCCAUCAUCGAUGCUCGCGACGAGGUCCUGAGCGAGGGCAACGAGACGGAGAUGACCUGCACCGCCAUGAGCAGCAAGCCCGCCGCCGCCAUCAGAUGGAUGAAGGGCGAUAAGGAGCUCCCAGGGAAGCCCAAAGUCGAGCUGACCUACGACAGGAUGUACACAGUAACCAGCCGCCUCACGUUCACCGUCAACAAGGAGGACGACGGCGUGCCUGUGGUCUGCAUCGUUGACCACCCUGCCGUCAAAGACUUCCAAGCACAGAAAUACCUGGAAGUUCAGUACAAGCCCGAGGUUAAGAUCAUGGUCGAGUUUCCUCAGGGUCUGACGAGGGAAGGAGAAAACCUGGAGCUGACGUGUCAGGCCAAAGGCAAACCUCAGCCGCAGCGGGUCAACUGGGUGAAGGUGGACGACGACGUACCGUCCCACGCCGUCAUCACCGGCGCAGAUCUUUACAUCGAGAACCUCAACAAGUCCUACAACGGAACGUACCGCUGCGUUGCGGCCAACUCCCUGGGGGAGUCUUACGACGACUACAUCCUUUACGUCUACGAUGCUCCCACCACUACCCCCACACCCACCACUGCCACCACCACCACCACCUUCAUCAACACCUCCUCCUCCUCCUCCCUCCACCACGAAGCCAGUCAAGACACCGCGCCCAGCACUGAACCUGCAGCUCAUGAUUCUCGAGCCGGCGAGGGAUCCCCGAGGACGGUGGACCACGCCGUGAUCGGUGGCGUCGUGGCCGUGGUGGUGUUCGCCAUGCUCUGUCUACUCAUCGUCUUGGGACGCUAUUUCGCGAGGCACAAAGGUACUUACUUCACGCAUGAAGCCAAAGGUGCGGACGAUGCGGCGGACGCCGACACGGCCAUCAUCAACGCCGAGGGUGGCCACACCAAUUCCGAUGAAAAAAAGGAGUACUACAUCUAAAUCACUAGCAGAACCCCGACACCUUUAGCAUCCUCUUUGGGACGCAGCUGUUAUUUGGGGGGGCACUCUGGGAUGGGAAGGGGCGGGGGGAGAAUCCGAGAUGGUUCAAGGUCAUCUUUAGAGGGGGAUAGACAGGAGAUGCAAAGAAAAGCUGUUUGUCUAGUCUAGUCCGCAGAUGUAGGUUGGAAUGUUUUAUGUGUUUCAAACAAAAUAAUCACAAAAGGAUUGUU